UUUGUCUCGUGUGUCCCGAAGGGAUUUCAUUAGCACACGCACCCGGGUAUUACACCCUGCGUGCGAGAGAAGGAAAAAACACAGGAAUGAAAAGUUCGGCUCCUUCCAGGAUGUACAUGAGAGUACCGCAGGCAAGUUCAGGGUGGGUGGUUUUGGGCUGUGGCGUCGGCAUGGGGGUGGGAUACUUGCUAUCGAGCCGUCGUAGUAGGAGAAAAACACUGGAUCGGAGCAACCUCUCCACGCAUCCGUCAUGGAUUCCUGGAGACAAACAACCUCCACCAGGAGGAGAAGAUACAGGUCACGUUAGGAUAGACCCGCGCGAUUUGAAGAGCUGCUACUCGCUCAUGAUAAGUUCAGUGGUCCCAAGGCCCAUUGCGUUGACAUCAACACUGGCACCCGAUGGUACCGUAAACUGUGCGCCGUUCUCCUAUUUCAACACUGUCGGUCACGAUCCGCCAACGCUGGCCGUGUCUGUGUGCCGCAAUGGUAAUGGGAGCAAGAAGGACACCCUGGUGAACAUGCUCGCAAGCGGUGAAUUCGUCGUGAGCAUCAUGAGCGAUUGGUUUGUGGAAGCUGCGAACCACACGUGCGGUAGUUUUCCCCCCGAGGUCGACGAGAUGGACGUGGCUGGCCUGACACCAAUCAAGUCGACGAUCGUGGCGCCCCCCCGCAUCAAGGAGUCAGCUGUGAACAUGGAGUGCAAGGUGCGACACACGUAUGACAUCGUCAACAGCAAGGGCGACGUCACAACCACAGUUGUAUUCGGCGAAGUGGUUAUGUUCCACGUGUUUACGCACCUGCUGAAAGAGAACGGCGCCGGGGAGGGCAAACCGACGGUCAACCACGAGGGAUUGAUGCCUAUGUCACGCCUCGGGGGAAACACUUAUGGUCGGCUGGGCUCUGUGUUUGAUAUUUCCCGUCCACGGGUGGGAAAAUGAAUGGAUAUUUUAUCAACCAGUUUGCGGUCCGGAGUACUGUAUUGAUUAGUUGUUCUAAACGUUGCGUAUAGGCCGGUGACCUGCUUUUUCGAAUUCUGCGAGUCCAAGGACACGCGUUUCGGGUACUCCUGACAACUGUUUAUUAGCGAAUGCGGAUGUCUCGGGCAUUUUUGAGCCCGCUCCCAAUUAAACAACGACCAGCUCUCGCUUGAAAUACGAGCUUAGUUACCUUUUGAUGGAGAAGGUGUGGGUGCCAACAUGAGUUGCGUAGUAUUAACGCGGGUAGAUGACCGCAUACCUGCGAUGGUGUCAAGGGAAGCUGCCUUGUUUCGGGUCGCAUAGCGUCAGGUGAACAACUGGCUGUGGAGAACUAUUUCUACAUGCCCUGGUCUGAUGACGCUACUCUUGCUUGGCCCCGAUUCCUGGUCACGAACCCUCAAGUGCCCUUUGGGACUGCUCGGCUACACCAGCGAACAAGUAGGAGCACUUUCUGUGGUUAACGAGACAGGAUAUGAACGAAAUUAAUUACAAUGAACACACGACGUCAAUGUUCAGCAGCUUCAGUGUAGUCACAUUUCCCUUUUGUCAUCCAAGCCUGUUGUCCGUAUCGGUGACACGAUAUGGCGAGUAGCCGUAAACUGUGCUGCAGUAGUCUUAAGUUGUUGGAAAAUUCUCCCUGUGGAGCAAGUUGAAAGGAGGAAAACUCGAGGACACCGGCGGACCUCUCGACUGUUUUCAAUUUUUCGUGAAAUGCAAGAAUAAAAGGGGUUGGAG